AUGAGCGGACUUGCAGCAUCGGGAGCGCAAGGAAGCGGCGGCAGCGCUGCCGCCAGGGCGGGAGGCGGCGCGCUGCCAAAGCUCCACACCGUCACUCUCGAUGGCGGUCUGCUGGAUGCAGCAGCCUCGGCGCGCCCCGUGGGAGGGCCCAGCAGCCGGGCCGGCCCACGGGGCAGCCCCAGGCGAGGCGCUGGGCAGGCGCGCUCCACGUGGGGCAGCGCCAGCCAGCGGCACUCCCCCGCAACCGCCGCGUCUGGCAGCAGGGGAGGAGGGGAGCGGCCCCGGCAGACCCCCGGCACCGUGAUGCUUGACAAGGGGGAAGCCGAGGCCUCGUUCAUCGGUGCGCUGCGCAGCCACUAUGCGCGCAACGGCACCGCCGAGAGCUUCGCACCCAAGUUCAGCACCUCGCCGCACUCGGCCUACGGCGGCGGCGGCGCGAGCGAGGCCCCGCCGGGCCGCUCGCCUGGCCGGUCGGCCACGGGCCCCGCGUGGCUGGAGCAGCAGGAGCGGCAGCUGUGGCAGGAGCGGGAGGAGGAGCUGGUGGAUGCUCAGGAGCGGCGCUUUGCCCAGCUGGAGGAUGCCCUGGCGGCCAGGGAGGCGAAGCGGGAGACCUACCUUGUGCACAGGCUGGAGGCCAGCGCCGCCGACAAGAUCCAGGAGCACCGCAGGCGCCAGGAGGCGGCCGCCAGGGAGCGCCAGCUGGCGGCGCAGCGUGCGCAGCACCUGCCGUCGUUGAAGCAGGCGCACGCUGCCACCCUGCCGCCCGCCCGCGCCGCGUCGCUGCGCAGGCUGGCUGCCCGCCCCGUGUUCCCCGCCUCGGCCGGCCUGGCGGCAGCCGUGGGCCAGACAACAGCCAGCAUCAGCUCGCUGUCUGGCAUCAGCACGAUGCAGGCGGGGCUGGAGAGCCAGCAGGCAUUCAGCCCCGGCGCUCUGGGCGGCGCCAGCGCCGCCACCCGGGCGCAGCCGGGCCUGCCGCGGCUGGGCUCGGGGCGGCUGGGCUGGCGGGAGAAGCGGGAAGCUGAGGCGGCACGGCUUGUGGAUCAGGCCUACUCGCAUAUCAAGGCCACCAAGGCCACUGGCGGCAGGCUGCUGAGCCCGCUUGAUGCUGCCAAGGAGGCCGGCAGGCGGCGGCUGGCAGACAGCACCCCCGCCCCUCGCCAGUCCCCCUCCACCUCCCGGAGCUGGGAGCGGGGUGUGGAGGAGCAUGCCGCGGCGUAUGAAGCACGCCUGGCAGCAGCGCGAUCCGAGGAUGGUGUACCACUGGCUGCUGGAUGCCAGGCGUGUGCCAGAGCAGGCAGCGCUGGUGCUGGAAGCCCCGGGGGGUCUCCUGUGGGGGAUGCGGCCUGGGAAGAGGAGCUGCAUGACGAGGAGCCUGCGGGCAGCCCAGCGCAAGAAUGGCGGCAGCCCACGGCCAGCCCCACUGCAAGUGCUGCUGGCGGCGAAGGGCAAGGGCCAGCCCCAGAGCUGCAGCUGGAGGUGGCGGAGGCGGUAGAGGCAAGCGCAGAUGUGCAGGCGGCCGAAGAGGCAGCACCUGCUGUCCUGGCGCUGGUGGAGGCAGAGGCAGCGGCGCUGUUUGAAGAGAAGGCUGCCGGCGGAGCAGAGGAUGAGACAGAAGAGGCGGCACCAGGAGUACCGCAAGGCCCGCUGCGGGAGACGAGGGAGGGCAGCGUGAGCGGCCCAGAGCCUGCACAAGCAGCAGACGAGGCAGGUGCAGAAGGAGCAUCAGGCGCUCAAGUGGCCAGCAGCAUCGACGGCUGCCGCAGCGCCAGCUCUUCCUUGCCGCUGGAGGCCCCAUCUGCAGAGGGCAGCAGCCAGGGGCCAGCUGGCUCGGAUGGGAUCCCUGCAGCGGAUGCGCUGGCCGCCCUGAUGGUGGCCGCAGGGUCGGCAGCCACCCUGAGCCCAGAUGCUGAGCAGCCGCAUUCAGAGUGUGCCCCGUUGGCAGAGGCCGCACCUGCAGAGGAGGCAGUGGGGGAAGCAACUGUGGAGCAGCUGGAUGCGCCGCAGCUGCCAGAAGCGUUGGCGGCACCGCCAGAAGCGGCCGGGUCAGCACCAGCGGCAGCAGGGGCAGCAGCAGAGGCGGCAGAGGCGCUCCAGGAGGCUGAGACUCCUGAAGCGCUCUUCUCGGCAGGCUCCUUUGCCCCAGCGCUGCGCCUGGUGCUGCUGCCGGAGGAGAUUGCAGCCUUCGAAACAGACAAGGCAGCGGCAUUGGCGGCGGCGGUGGCCAAAGUGGCUGUGUCGGCCGCGGUCACAAAGGCAGAGGCAGAGGAGGUGCCGCAGCUUCCAGGCGCAGCAGGCGGCAGCCUAAGCACAGCAGAGGAAGAGCCUGCCCUGCAGCUGCCGGCGCCAGCCGAUGCCUGGGUGACUGUCAAUGGCGCUGCAGCAGGGCAGUUGCCAGAAGAGAGGCCUGCAACCGCUUCUCGGCCCCUGCGACUGUCAAUGCUGCCAGAAGAGAUUGCAGCGUUUGUGCUGAGCAAGGCGGUGGCUGAGGCAGCAGCAGAGCAGCAGGCAGACCAGCCGGCUGGAGAGGAGGGGAAGGCAGCACAGGAGGCGGAGCAGCAGGCAGGCCCGGCGGCAGGGGAGGAGGAGGCGGCACAGGAGGCAGAGCAGCAGGCAGGUGAGGUGACAGGGAAGGAUGACGAGCCACAAGAGGCCUGUGAGGCGGCAGCCGAAGAGGCGGCAGAUGAGGUGGCCACGGCGCCCGAGCUGGGGUAUGCGGAGAUCACUGAUGCGGCCGCAACGGAGUGUGCUCCACCACAGCUGCUGCUGGCGGCAGAGGGUGCAUCAGCAGAGGGGCCUGCAGAGCAGCCAACAGCUCCAGCGCAGAUUGUGGAUGCAGUGGACAGCACGGCACAGGAUGGGGAGGAGGAGGAGGAGGGCCCGACAGCGCCACCAGAGCUGCUGCUCACAGCUGGGGAUGCCGCCGUGGACGAUGCCCAGGCUGCGCCCCUGCGGCAGCUGGAGGAUGCCACUCUGGUGCAGCAGCAGGCUGCGGUCAGCGCAGAUGGGCCUGGCGAGCAGGUCACAGCCAUGCCCCUGAUGCCGCCUGCCGUGCCAGGUGCCCAGGGCACAUCUGCCGAGGAGCUGGAGCAGGCGGGGCUCUUGAUCGUCCAGCAGAGCCUACUAGAGCAUACGGCCCAGGGCCUGGCCCUGCUGCUCCCUGGCGCUUCCUUUUGUGGGGAUGCCGGCCCUGGCAGCGGGCAGCCUGCAGACCGCUCCGCUGCUGCCGCCGCUGAGGAGGAGCCCGGCUGCUGCGCAGCUGGCUGUGGCGGUGCUCAGCCGCAGGACGGGCCCGAGCCGGCGGGCGAGCAUAGUGCUGCCGCAGCAGCAGACGCCGACGAGGCCGCGUCUCAGGCUUGCGGCCAGGGCGAGCGCAGCGCCGCGGCGGUUACGGCAGCAGACAGCGCGGAGCAGGUGCAGCUGACGGGCCGUGCAUCAGCCAGCCUCAUGUUCGGAGGAGGCUCAGAGGUGCAGCUGCUGGAAGGAGCUGGCCAGCCGGUGGGGGAUGAAGCUGACCCAGCGGAUGAUGCAGCUGCCGAGCCAGCACCAGCUGCGGCAGGGGCAGAGGCCCCUGAGGCUGAUGCCGAGGCCUCAGCAGCCAGCAGCGAUGCAGGCAGCGACGCGGGGGCCAAAAGUGCUGACUGGGAGCUGGAAGGGGAGGAGGCGGGAGCUGAAGAGGCACAGCGAGCUGGAGGAGAGGUCAUCAGCGCGAUGGACCUGUGUGCUGACCUGGCCAGGCCGGCGCCGGCAGAUGACAGGCAGUAA